AUGACACCCAGUGCCGGUCUCAGUCUCAUCCGAAGGCCCAAAUUAGACCCCGACGCUGGUCCUCCCAAGACCGCCAUGGCUGCUUUAAGGCUAGCCAAAACUGCCGAACGUCUUGCAAAUCAGAAUGCUGCAAUUGCGAAAAGGCAAUUAUCAGCUCACGACUAUACCCUUACAGUAACCAAGAAAAAGGACACUGACAGUGAGGUCAAAGACAAGAUCCAAAAGGGGUUGCAGGAUGUUGAAACGGCCACAGUCUCCAGAGGAGAUGCCCAAGUGAAGAUUGUGAGGAAGAAAGCAAGGUCAAAGAAGCCCCAGGUGAAGAAGGUGAAGCAGGAUGUCAAAGAGAAGGGCAAGCAGGAUGUCGAAAUGGCUGCAGUCGGGCAUGAUGCAGAGCAUGCAAUUGACGUGGACAUGGAGGUUGGUCUGACAAUGGGAAAGGGGAAGUCCGAGGGUGGUAUCGACAUAGAGAUGGCCGAAGUCAAACAUGAGGAAACCGAGGUCAGUGCCAUUCCAAAAGCCGACAAAGACGUGGGCCAGGUGACUCCCACCAUAAUCAUUGAGCCACCCACACCACACACAUCAGCGAUUUUCAAGACCACUGAGACCAAGAAUUGGGCUUGGCUGUCAAUUAUAUGCAACAAAGCUUUACACCCCCACCUGUCGAGUGCACAUCCUGGCCAGAAGGUUCCUGUUCGGUAUCUCGUUCUCGGCAGCAUCAUGGAGUCGUCUACCCCUACUAUGCGAGAUUAUUCGGCAUUUGUGGUCCGAAAACAAGAUAUUGACACAAGUGCCCUUCUCCCCCCAGUGGUUGACUCACCCGUGACCCUUUCACAAGGUCUUUUGGCGCUCGAAGAGAUUACCCAGUUUAUUCAAGAUCAAGAUUUGGCUAGCCGUCCUCUCUUGGAGAAAAUUGCAAGUCUGGAGACCUCUGUUUGGUUUCAGGAAGAAAAAAUCACUGGAGUGACUCACCAGAUGGACCGUAUUGAAGAGUCUGCCCACAUGUGUUGGAAGGAAACACAAGAAGAUUUGCAGUCCAUCCGAAGUGAUCACCAGAGACUGGAAGCCAAGAUGAGGGAAGCUGUCAAGACACUGGAGAACAAGUGGGAGACUAUGCCAGCUGCGUUACAAGAGAGUCUCACCCGGGGCUUUGAGAAACUUGCAAGCUGCAUCGAAACUGCCGAGCUAACACUCCAUGACCUCACCAAAUCAGUCACUACAAUUUCGGAGCUCAACCUGCAGCUCGGUGCUUGCCAAUCAAGUCUGGAAUCGCUCAUUAUCCAGUUCCUCGGCAACAAGGAGAAGAAGCACACUGGCAUCAAUACCGAUCACUCAGUCUCACCCGACCAUGGUCAGAAAAGCCAGCAGGCACAAGUCUCCCCAACCCCAGGUGUCGUUCUGCCAAACCCAGUUUCAACCGAUCACGCACAAGUCUCUCCGACCCCAGCCGUCAUUCUGCCUCCAGCACCUGAGAGCCCAGCGGUCCUUCUGUUGGCGCCAAACCCAAUUCCUCCAACCUGGGCAAGUUUGCCUGGUCCUUACAUUGGGGGUAAUAGGAAGUCACCUCGGCUACAGAAACUCGAAGCCACACUUCAAACCCCCACACAGAUCAUGGACCCAGUAAACUGCAUGACCGAAUACUGGACCAUGACCGGCAAAGAAAAGCCGAGUGUCAACUGGAUGGGACCAGGUUGGGCUGAUCCACACUGCAUGGGAUUCAAAGCUCUUCAGCAGACCCAUGACACAUGA